AGCAAAGCAAGUGUAUCCCUAUAAGCUUGGAACAUUCUCACAUUAGAGUGUUCAUCCCUUGCUAUAUAACAAAGAAAAAAAAAAGGAUUUUUCAAAGAAAAGUAUAAGAAUGGAAAUAUUUUUGCUUAUUAUCCUUAGGUGACGAUAAUGUUCAUUAUGUUAUUUAUCAUCAUUAUAUGAGUUUAAAUUUUAAGAUUUGUCUAGUGGAUUGACACAAAUCUCAAAAUUUUAACUUAUCUAUUGGUGAUAAAAUGGUAAACAUGAUCACCACUUAAGGGUGGUGAGCAAAAAUAUAUCCGUAUGUAAAAGUUGGACAGAAGGUUGAUAGUGGAAAACAAGAGGUGGGGAUACAAUAAUACUAAUAGAAAAAGACAAGGGUAACAUUGUGAAAUUGAAACUAACAAAAAAGCUCGUUGACCCCUCUCCAAUUCCAAUGGCGGCCCCUACGCCGUUGGCCUUGCACUUGCUUAUAUCCUCUCUCCCUCCUAAAUUAACACCAUCUCUCUUUCUCUCUCUCUCUCUCUCUCUCUCUCUCUCUCUCUCUCUGCUUUCUGUAAACCACCCAAGAAACACUAUAACAAGUAAACAGCACCACAAGCAAAGCAGAUAAAACAAGCAAAGAAAGGCUACUUCACUCUCCACAUUGAGGAGGAAGUUAAACGAUAGCAGUUCUAUUAGAACGUUAAGAUGGAGGACGAGCUCAUCUUUUCGUGGCUCAAAUUUGUUUGCAUAUCUUUAAUGGUGUUGGUUUUUUCUCUGAAGAUGGCGGUGGUUCUCUGGUGGAGGCCCAGGAAAAUCGAAGAACAUUUUGGGAAGCAAGGGAUCAGAGGACCUCCUUACCGUUUCUUCAUUGGAAAUUACAAAGAACUUGCUGGGAUGAUGAUCAAGGCCUCCUCUCAAACCCUUCCUUCCUCCUCUCACCAUAUUCUCCCUAGAGUUCUUCCUUUUUACCAUCACUGGAGGAAAACCUAUGGUGCAACAUUUCUUGUGUGGUUUGGACUUACAGUUCGACUCACGGUUGCUGAUCCUGAUCUAAUUAGGGAAAUAUUUACCUCAAAAUCAGAAUUUUAUGAAAAAAAUGAGGCUCACCCACUCGUUAAACAGCUCGAAGGUAAUGGCCUCCUAAGCCUCAAAGGUGAAAAAUGGGCUCGCCAUAGAAAAAUAAUUACCCCUACCUUCCAUAUGGAGAAUCUCAAGUUGUUGAUACCGGUGAUGGCAACGAGUAUAGUAGACAUGAUGGACAAAUGGUCAGCAAUGUCCAGCUCCGGUGAGGUCGAGAUUGAAGUAUCCGAGUGGUUCCAAAACCUAACCGAAGAUAUAAUUACCCGCACGGCGUUCGGAAGCAGCUACGAAGAUGGCAAAGCCGUUUUCCGGCUACAAGCUCAACAAAUGGCGUUUGUUACCGAGGCUUUUCAAAAAGUUUCCAUCCCUGGUUACAGAUUCUUGCCCACAAAACGAAACAUAAAUUCUUGGAAAUUGGAUAAGCAAAUCAGGAAGUCACUGACGAAGCUGAUCGAUCGACGGGUAGAGAAUUCGAACUCGGGCGAAAACGUGCAUGAAAAAUGCCCGAAAGAUUUACUAGGUCUUAUGAUUCAGGCCUCAAAUUCUUCUCCUUCUUCCAAUAUCACUGUCAACGACAUUGUUGAAGAAUGCAAGAGCUUCUUCUUUGCGGGCAAAGAUACCACAUCCAAUUUGCUGACGUGGACAACGGUUCUCCUAGCAAUGCACCCACUGUGGCAGCUACAGGCACGUGACGAGGUGCUGAGGGUGUGUGGAUCACGUGACAUACCCACUAAAGACGACGUUGUAAAGCUUAAGACGUUGAAUAUGGUCGUCAACGAAUCACUACGUUUGUACCCGCCUGCGAUCGCAACGAUUCGACGGUCAAGAACAGAAGUCGAGCUCGGGGGAUACACUGUCCCACGUGGGACCGAGCUUUUGAUUCCAAUCAUAGCCGUUCAUCACGAUCAGAGCAUAUGGGGGAAUGAUGCGAAGGAGUUCAACCCGAGCCGGUUCGGAGAGGGCGUGGCGCGGGCCGCGAAGCAUCCGGUCGCGUUCGUUCCAUUCGGGCUUGGGGUCCGCACAUGCAUCGGGCAGAAUCUAGCAUUGUUGCAAGCUAAACUAGCCCUUGCCAUCAUGCUUCAACGCUUCUCUUUCAGGCUGGCCCCUACCUAUCAACAUGCACCUACCGUCCUGAUGCUACUUCACCCACAAUACGGUGCACCCAUCAUUUUCCAACGCCUGCCACCACAUGAUCAGGGUCAAGAUCGAAAUCAAAGACCUUGAUCUCUUACUUGUCACUAUGCAAUACCAGUCGUUUGCGUGUGAGUGUGCCGUAUGAUUCGGAUGAAUUGACCGAAGUACCCAUUUGGCCGA